CACUGUCCUUCAAAUUGUGUCCGAAGCAGAAAAAAUAUACAACAACGUUAAACAUAACAAAAAAAUAUGUGCCUCACUAAUGGAUAGAAUUGACAAUGCAGAGAUUGCCAUCAGAAACCUACGACGUAAUCAAAGUGUCUACGAAAAACGCUUGGAAGAUUUUGGAUAUUAUAAAGCAUUCCACAAAUUUGUUAGAGUAUUAAAAGAAAUAAAAAAUUUCAUGGAAGAUGUUUCAAAUUUGUCAGGUUUUAAAAGAUACAUGGGCGCAAAUUUUGUUAAAAAAAAUUUCGAGAAACUGAUUAAUGAACGUAAAAUUGGAUACUUCGACGCGGAAAUGGGAUUCUCUGAUUUACCUGUUAUACCCACCAACUUCUCUGAUGUUGAAGAAUCAAUUCAGGAAGAUAUCAUCAAUAACGGAAAAAAAUUUUUCGAGAUUGCCUUCGAAAGGAAGUAUAUGAAUUACAGUGGUUCGUUAAUGCGCUGGAAACGAGACAAAAUGGACAGAUGUAUGAUAGUAGAGAAGAUAAAUGCUGAUGGUCGUGUUAUUAUUGAUCUCAAAGGCUUUGCGGCCAUGAAUCCUGGUUAUAGAAUGGGUAAUGCCUCACCACCAACCGAAUGCGACAUCAAGUUACUCGAUGAUAGGG